GUCAUGUUGGCAAUUGGUGACAGAAGCGAGGCAGCCAAACAUGGCGAAAAUUCAAGUUUGUUUUUAUUCGUGAAUUUUUCGAGAUUAUCAAAAUCUAAACCAGAGCCAAACGGUUAUUUGCUUCUAAAUCUCUAACAUUUUCAUCAAAAUUGUUUCUCUCCGUGCUUGAAAUUUCGUUUCCACGAAAGGAGGCUGAGUGCAAGGUUCCAACAUUUUGAUGCAGUUGUGCCGUUCACAUAUACAAACGUCGGACGUCCGUGUUUUUUGCGUUGAGCCAACCCCACUGGCACUGGCAUCUCUAUUCUGCAAGGGAUGCUGUUCGCAGCGUGAUGGAAGGUGGCGACGAUCGGUCUGUUAGCAGCAACGGCGAAACCACGGACGCGCGCCCUCCACAGGAUGUGCCACCCACAAUAGCACAGGACGAGUCACAAGAAAAUGCUGGUGAGCAAUGCUCGGAAAGCGGAAGUAAAUUUUCGAUAAUGUGUCAACGAGAGAGAGAAUUCGUUGCUUCUUAUGUGGCCGGCCCACCUGUUUCCGUGGAGGAACACAAUGCCCCGGCCACAGAUGUGCCAGAGCCUCGUCCCGUGCGGAGGAGCUGCCGCAUGGCCGCUGCCCUCGUGAGGGCAAGCACGGCCGCCGCGGCCACUAAUAAUAAUAAUGAUCACGCCCCAAAGGAUCUCAAUUCAAGGCAUCUUUUUUCGCAGAAUCACAGCAAAAAGGUGAUAAAACAUGCUUUGCGUCAGCAAGCUAAGAGGCGGCGGAAAAACACAACCAUUGCGUCAGGCAACCCGAUUGCGCCCAUCCCGCGACUGGUGGUGAAGACCUCCUCAUUGGGAUGUCCGUCGCCGGCGUCACCUUCCUCGACGCCAAAGGCUUCAACCAUGCAGGAGGUUUUGGCCUCGAUUCCCGGCUUCAAUCUGAAACACCGCAAGAAGUCGGCGCGAAAGCUGUCGGCUGCCGCCCAACUGGAGCAGACCAAGGAGGGUUUGAUCGACCUGGAAACACCUGAUUCGAUAUUUGCCGUGCUGAAUUUGUCCAAAUUAUUGACUCAGGAGACACUGGCUCAGCUGCCUCUGCUGUAUCAGCAGAAGCUGCUUCAGCUGUUGCCGGAGGUCGACCGGCCGACCUCCGUAGGUGCUCUGAAGAAGGACUUUACUGGACUCAGUAAUGAGUUCUUCGCUAAGGCUUGUCUCGAGUGGCGCCGUCGACUGGCAGAAGGGAAAUUCAGCUCAGAAAAUCAGCAGAAGUUCAAGUUUGAAUCGGAGAAGAGACGGAAAAUUCUCGACCCAUGGAAGAGCAAGCAUUUUGAAGCCAUCUGGGGUGAGAGGACGGGAGAACCCUUGGAAGACAGCCCUCUUUGCCCUGUUCCAAGCACUUCGUCAGCAAACAAAGCGAGCUUCCCUCCUGCCCCUGUCUCUGUAACGCCAGUACCGAAGAGCAGUUCCCCUUGUAUUUCGCCAGUGGUGAUUGCACAAUCCUUAGCUGAAUCUCCGCCAGUGCCCGCCUCCACGCCUCCACCAGAAGAGCCAUCCUUGCCACAAAAACGCUUUGCAGAAGAGGUCGAGAGCGUGGCCAAGAAGCCCAAGUUGGACGACUCCUUGGAGGCUGAUUUUCAAAAUGCUCAAGAAUUGGUUCAAGAAUCAAGCUCUCCUGCUCGGCCGGAGAUUCCUGUAAUUCCUCCAGCGAUGGAAGAACAGGAACCUAAGGAAGAGGCUGUUCUCGAACUGCAGCAGCUUCCGCCAGAAGAGGGUUCCGUUUCUGAGCAACCCGAACGCGCCGCUAGCGUCGAAAAGCCCUCCUCUGUUGACUUUGAACUCAGUGAUGAAUGUAAAAUGGCCAAGCAAGAAAUCUUGUGCGCCGAGGAACCGAUUCCAGAGCUGCAGGCUCGUGUGGUGGAGGAAGUGGUAGAAGAGGCUGUGAUCGAAAAUCCAAUCAGUUCAAUUGUGGUGCCUUUGGAGCAGAACCGCCCGGAGGGUACUGUCAACUCUUCCAAUUUGUUCGAAAUGGCUCGACAGAUCUCAAAUGAUAAUGACGCUGACCACAAUCAAGUGAUAGAAGACGUUCUAAAGGCUGAAGAGGAAGGUGUUGUCAAGAGUUUGUCCACCAGCGAUGUUCACUCAGACCUCUUGCUGCAGGCUCAAUUUUGGUCCAUGGACCAGAGCUCAACCAAUUUGCUGGGCAAUCCUUCUGAAGAAAAUGUUGGAAACCCUGCCGACCGGGUUGACAAUGUCGAGUCUCUGGCGGGAGAGAUGGAUCUCGUCGUGGGCCAAAUUGUGAAGGACAUGGAAAUGCACCAGUCGCCGAUAAUCAUGCCUGACGAAGCCAAUGUCGAGAUUUCGCCUGUCGAGUGGCCGAUCUUCAGCACGAGCAACUCGGACCUGCAGCAAAACAUGCUGCCAACAAAUGUGCAGUCUCAAAUGAACAUGUUUGUGCCGCACAGCCAACCACAGAAGAUGGACGUCAUGCAAGACCAUUCCAAACUUGAGCUUGAUAUGAACUACGGCAGCCAGGCUGUCACUACCUCCGGGCCAAUGGUGUCGUCUGUUCCCGCUCCACCACCUUACAGUUCUGAGCCUAUGCAGCUACACCAGCUGCCAACAUCCCUGGCCCCAUCGCAGUCCAUUUUCUCCAACACGCAGAUGCAACUGCCGCAGCCGCAGGUGGCCGCCGCGCCAAUCAUGACGCCAAUCCCCCUGCCGCUGCCGCAGCAGCACUCCUUGCCAGUGAUGCAGCCCUUGCUGGGUCCCAACCUUCGAGCGCAGGUCAUCUCGGCCGUCCAGCCCCAACUGGUCAACUGCGUGGCAGCCGCCGCAGUCCGGCCGCCACCCCUGCAGGCCAACCUCGCGUCUAACAUGGCGCCCGGCAAGUCUUCCUCCCCAGGGCCGAUCAACAACAACAAUAACGGCGCCGCCUCUGCCGCCGCAGCCGCAGCAGCUGCUGCCGCCUUGGUGGGUCACAGUGUAAAAGCCCAUGUCAAAGCAAAGUCCCAGGGCGGACGAGGUUCUCGGUCGAGCAGCAAGUCGACGCCGCCUGGCGCCGUCAACCUGGAGCGUUCGUACCAGAUCUGCCAGGCGGUGAUCCAGAACAGUCCAAACCGGGAGCAGCUGCAGGGCCAGUUGAAGGUGCCGCCAUCGCUGGCCAACAAGCAGACGACCAUUCCGUCGCGGGCCAACCAAGCGGUGCAGCGGCCGCGGCCGCCGGCCAAACCCGCAAAGCUGCCGAUGCCGCCGCAGAACUCGAGCCGGAUGACCUCGAUCGUGCUUCGGCAGGUCAUCUCGCCGCAGGGGGUGCCAGUGACGAUGGCCGUGCUGCCACCUAACCAGGCGGCCGCCGUAGCCGCCCGUCGAAACUCGGCCAACGGCGCCCCGCGGCCCGUGGCCCUACCCCCACUGCAGGUGGUGGACAAAAACUCUGGCGCCGCCACUGCAGGAACGCAGUACAUUCUGGUGCAGCGGCCGCCCCUGCCCGCCCCCACCAGAGCCUCCAGCGCGCCCCCGGUGCCCCCCGUGGCCCUCCCCCAGGCGGCCAGUGGCCGGCCGGCCAGCACGGACCCCUCGGGACAGGAAAAGCUGCUCCUUGGCCGCAAAGGCCCCCCCGGUGGCGCUGGUGGUCAGGCCCCACAGUCGUGUGUGUGCAACUUGAAGGCAAUGAUCAUGUGCCAGAAGUGCGGCGCCUACUGCCACGACGACUGCAUCACGCCCAACACCAGACUCUGUGUCACCUGCCACAUUAGGUAGAAGCCAGCCAGAUUUAUUUAUUUUUCAUUUCACCCAGUCUGUGAUUGUUGUUUCUAUAGAAAUUGGAGCAAACCCUAUGCGAGAUUACUUCUGUCGCUCUCCCAAUUUUGCAGUGUUCCACAUUUACCAGCAUAUCAGUUUUUGUCAGACCUGUCUAAACUGGCCGUUUAAAAUAUAGUCUUUUCGUAUUUUUAAUUCGAUUGAUGAAGCAACCAGAGGAACUUUUUAUGUUAAAACAUUUUUCUGGCAGUCUAAUUUGCUCGUAAGACAUCAACUUAGCAUGAACUAUGCAAUUUUGAUACCUUGGAGGCACACUUAAAAUCGGUUUUUACUGCCAAAAACCGUUAAAAUCGGCCUGUAUCUUGUGUCAAAACUUAAAUUUAACUCUAAAUUGUUCACUUUUCUUGUGCAAUAAUUUCAUCUACGAGUGUGACUUAAUAAUUCAGCGGCUUUGAGUACUGGAGGAAAUAUCUUAAAAAAUUCAAAUAGCAAAAAUGAAACUUGAAAUUUUUAACAUAUUUUCAGAAAAAUCUCCACCCUAAUUUCUCAGAUAAGUCGUUUUUAAAAAAUACUUGUGUGUAUUUAAUAUACCCAACCCGAUAAAAAAAUAAAUGGCCAGUAUAUUGAGCUGGAUCUUAUGAAAACUAUUUUAGAAAAAAAUUAAAACCACUACAAAAGCCGUCACAUUUCUUCACGCGAUUUUCCCAGAACUCUUUUCUGUUGGAAAUUUUGGACAAAUCACGAACUUUGCAAUAUUAUGAAAUUUUUCGAUUUGUUUCAGAUCAGAUUCCAAAUUUUUUUUAUCAUUGAAAUCCGAUACGUUUCAAGAAACUACGGCAGUUUGAAAUUUCUGAAUGAAUUAUCGAAGGUCUGGAUGUAGUGAACCAUUACCAACGGGAUGUUGUAUUCCUUUGGCAAAUUUUUCAGCUUUUAAUGGUCUUGAAAAAUACCAUAAUUUUGUGACGCAAAUGAACAAGGUGUAAGAUUUUUGCAAAUUAACAACUUUCUUAAAUAUAUUUUUGUCGUGCAUUUCUAUUGGUCAUAUUCCGGGACAUAUUUAGUCAAUGUCUUAUUUCAAUCAUCAUCUUGAAAUUGACACAUUUUAUCAAUUCGUGCAAAUGCAAAUAUUUUGUUCAUUUUGGUAUAUCACAUUUAUUUUCAUUCGAUCAAAUUAACAAAAUUUAAUAUUUUGGCGUGAUUUCCAAAACAAAUUUUGCUAAUUUCAAACUGGAGGUAUCUGUAACAUUUUGCCGAGUUUCUUGGCGGUAUGGGUCAUUGAAUUAAGUUCUGUUGAUUUAAUUAAUAUUCUGGUCCUUUACUUUUUCGUCUUUAGUUUGACAUCUAAAUAAGAUUUUUUGGUUUAACCGGUUGAACGCGUUUUAUUUUAUUGUUUGUGUUCAUUUUGAUAUUAUUUCAAUCUGAUUCUGAGUUUAGCACAGUUUAAUGUUUGCUCACAAUUUAAAAAAGAAAACUGGUCUAUUUUUAUAUCAAGCUUAUGUUCUGGUACUUGGUGUUGGUAAAUACUGGCGAACACUGCAAUUUUGUUUUCCGCAAUUGAAAUGUGCAACUUGUGCCAGUAAUUGAAUUCGUUGUUGAUUUUUCUGCCAUUAUCUGUUUUGAUUCUACUUAACUAAGGCUUAUAUUUUACCAUGACUCUUGGGAAUUGUACCGGUUUCACCUACUUGUUUUGACCAUGAAAUGAGCUUUGCCAGUUGUUUUAAAUUGAUUUGACGCAUUUUGUCGAGAAUUUAGGUUGGUGAAUGUUUUGGUUAUUUGCUUAGCAAUUGACGCUACCUCACAUUCGGGAGCCAUCUUCAAUUUUCCUUGUUACUCUACUUACGGACGCAGGCGUAUUUCGCCUCACCACAACUCUGAAGGAAAGACUGAUGGUGUGCUUGUUUCAUUCUAUUACUCGCCUCCAGAUCAAAAUAAUCACAAAAGUUUAUUUAGUUUUCAGAUUUAAUGUGAUGUAAAUGUUUUGUCAAAUGCACACACGCACAGUAUGUUUGAUGUCAUGACGUGCGUCUCGUGGAAAGGACAGGUUGCUGUUGUUGUGAUUCAUCAAAUGUGUAGAAUGUUGCUUUUCGGUAACUGUGCAAAUGGCAUCUAUUUUCUUAAAGAAAACGUGCGCUCGUUUUGCCAGCCGGCGCGGAGUGUGAAGAUUGUUUAUAUCGGGGCACAACUCUAUAAUUUAAUCUCAUUAUAAGGCUCUGUAUAUUCACAACACCAUUGGACGCAAAUUUAAGCGAAAUUACUAGAUGAUAAAAUAAAAAAAGCAAAUCUCAUGAAAUAAUAAUUUCAA